AUGGGCCAAGACCCUCUAAUUUCACUUGAAGCUGGUAAGUUUGCAAGGAUGCUCUUACCUGCACUCUUUGCUUAUGCAACUCUUCAGCCACUUUGUAAAUAUCUUCAGACACAAAGCUUGAUAAUUCCCUUGCUCGUAUGCGGUUGUGCUUCUCUGUGCUUCCACAUACCUUUUUGUUGGGCUAUGGUAUUCAAGUCUGGACUAGGACACCUUGGAGCAGCAUUAGCCAUUGGUAUGUCGUAUUGGUUAAAUGUGAUUCUACUCAUACUAUAUGUGACGUACUCCACUGCCUGUGCACGUACCCGGGUUCCAAUUUCUUUGGAGCUCUUGUCAACCAUCUCAUCACUGUAUACAAUACCAGAAGGACUUGGUGCAGCAGGAAGCACUAGGGUUUCAAAUGCAUUAGGUGCUGGAAAUCCCCAAGCAGCUCGAUUAGCUGUUGGUGCUGUUAUGUUUCUUACAGUCUCAGGGGUAGUUAUUAUAAGCUCAAUCGUUUUCGCCAGCCGAUCUGUUUUUGGUUACAUUUUCAGCAAGGACAAGGAAGUUGUGGAUUAUGUCACUUCCAUGGCUCCUCUGAUUUGUCUAUCAGUUAUAUCCGACAACUUACACGGGGUUCUUUCUGGACUUGGGAGUGUAUGUCAACCUCGGAGCAUAUUAUCUAGUUGGGAUUCCGGUUGCUGCCACAUUGUGUUUCUGGUUAGACUUGAGAGGAAGGGGGCUUUGGAUUGGGAUACAAGUCGGUUCUUUUCUGCAAGCAUUUCUUUACUCUGUGAUAACAAGUUGUACAAAUUGGGAAGAAAAGGCAAGAAAGACAAGGGAGAGGAUAUUUGUGGAAAAAUCUACAGUAAGAUAGCAGCCGUUCCAUUCUUUUUGAAGCAAGGUUCUCUGGUGCAAUGCAAUCAUACAGAUGGAUAA